UUGUCUUGGCAUUGACGCUAAGAUCGAAAGAGUUAAAUAAUAUUCGCAGAUUGCGAGUACAAAAGACGUAAACGAGACAACGGUGUUUUUGCAAGUCGCACGAGCUUAUCAAAAUUCGCGGUCACGUGGGGACAGCAAAAUCCGCAACGACAUAUUGUAUCAAGCCGCAAGAACGUAACGUCGUUAACUGACAGUUCUUCAGAGUAAUUCAGAGUGAUCUUCGACACCGGAAUAUGCUGGCUCUGAAAGCGACCGUUGUUACUUGCUCCUUUAGGCGAGUUGUUCUUCAGAAUUUCUUAUCGAGACGUAAUUUAGCGGCUUCGAUCAAACUUGAAGGAAAGAUGUCGUUCGAAGAUGAGAAACAGAAAUUCUUAAACAUGCCUCUGGAAGAGAAGAGAAGUUACUAUAAAUCAGGAGUAACAACUGUGGAUCAAAUUCCUACAUGGCCAGAAUAUUGGGAGAAGAACAAGUUCAACAUCCCCAAGACUCUUGAGAAUACUGAAAAAGUUGACAAAGUCAUAGCUAAGAAAAUAUCGAUAUGGCAAGGAGACAUAACAUCGCUUGAAAUAGAUGCAAUUGUCAAUGCUGCAAAUUCGAGUCUUUUGGGAGGUGGUGGAGUCGAUGGAGCUAUUCAUAGAGCAGCAGGACCAAAUUUAAAGAAAGAAUGUGCAACAUUAGGAGGAUGUAGGGUUGGCGAAGCUAAAAUUACAGGGGGUUACAUGCUGCCGGCUAAAUAUGUUAUUCAUACCGUUGGUCCCCAAGGUGAAAAGCCAGAGAAGUUACGAGAAUGUUAUGAAAAUAGUCUGACUGUGGCGAAAGAGAAUCAUUUGCGUACUAUUGCAUUUCCAUGCAUAUCAACCGGAAUUUAUGGAUACCCGCAAAGACCAGCAGCCAAAGUAGCUUUAUCGACAGUCAAGAAAUUCCUGCUUGAAAAUAAAGAUAUGGAUAGAGUUAUAUUUUGCUUAUUUUUGAAAACUGAUAAGGAUAUAUACGAGGAACUAUUGCAAAAAUACUUUACUCUCGACUGAAUAUCUAUCGGUAGGUCUUUGCUUUUACACAAGGUGUUCUUCAUAUUAUUUAAUAUAUUUCAUAAGUUGUGCUCAAAAUAUAAGUUAAUAUAGAA